AUGGAGAAGUUAAUAUUAUGCACAAUAAUGUUGAUUGUAAUAAUGAUCACUAAUUGGUUUGGUUAUGCAGACAGUCAACUCCAUGUGGGUUCCGGAUGUUCACAAUCUGAGAACACAAAUGUCAGUAAUAAUCCUGUCUACCAAGCAAACCUUAGAACCCUUUUAACUUCAUUAGCUACAAACGUCCCUCUUAAAGACGGUUUCUUCUAUAAUGCUAGUGUUGGAAAUACUUCAGAUGACCGGGUUUAUGGUCUGGCGUGGUGUCGAGGGGACGUUUCUCCUGACACAUGCUCCGAGUGUUUGAACAACACCAUUCGUGUACCUUUAGAAGAGUGCCCUGAAAGCAAAGGCUUGGUGUUAUGGUAUAAUACGUGUAGUUUAAGGUUCAAGAACGAAAGUUUCUUUGGCGAGCUUUGGAAUGAGUCGUCGUCAGCAACUUAUGGUGGCAACGGGCUUGAUGACCCUUCCGUGUUUUCUGCAGGGUUCUCGAUGAUGGAAAGUUUAGUCAGGAAUGUUUCUAAUAAUGCACCAAUAUUAAUGUUCUAUUCCAGCCUUCUUGAUUUUGGUGGUAGAGAGAGAUACGGGUUGAGUCAGUGUAGCCGAGAUUUGAGCAACUUGGAUUGCCGAAAUUGCUUGGAGGAGCUUCUAACGACUUAUAAGACGUAUGUGUUGAAUCGGACGGGGUGGGAGAUGCAAGGAAUGAGUUGUGGCAUGUGGUAUGAGAUGCGGGGGUUGAAUCCGAGCCCGAAUGCUUCCGGUACAUCUUUCAAGCACAAAGUAGAGAUGAUCUUGGCUUUAGUAGCGUUUCUUGUGUUCUUUUGAAAAUCGAUCGAGUGAUUUG